ACCUCUGCAGUUUGUUUCCAAAGUCACCAUCUCCUGGUGUGGUUGUGAGGAUGUACAGUAUCUACCAGGACCGGGAGAGGUUAGAGGAUGACCUCUAUCCAGAGGAAGAAGGGGACUCUGAAGGGUCAGAUGCCAACAGUGAGUUGGAGUUCCAUCUCUAUAGCCAGCUCCACUACUCCUCCAAUCCUGGGGAGCUCGAGGAGCAGGAGAAUGGAGAAGUGCAGGAGCAUGAAAGAGAGGACUCAGGACAAAAUAAGGUGAUUGAGAAGAUUACAGAUGGUGACGGAGGACCAGCGCACACAACAGAAAUCAAGUCUCUGACACCUAUUAAUGGCAGUCUGCAGCAACACCCAAAGAAGAAGAAGAGCGAGAAACAGGAUAAACUGAAUAAGAAGAAAAGUGAUCCUAAAGGUCAGAGGCCACCAUUGUCACUUUUUGAGGAGGUCAUCGUGAUUGACUCCAGCACUGAUAUCAUCUCAAUCUCUGACGAUGACACUGUUGAAGAUAAUGAAGGGAUCUGUACUCUAAAGGGUCGAGACAUGCAGACUUCCACCCCGGCACAGCAGGUUGCUCAGAAAAGGAAAAGGACUCCAGGUGUGUUUGUGACUGUGGAGUCCAGCAGUUCAGAAUCAGAUUCAGAUGAGUCCGAAUCCAAAUCUGAGUCUGAUUCAUCUGAUUCUGAUUGUCUGGAAAGCUGGAUGAUCCUGGGUCAAGGGAAGCAGGAUGGUGACCACUCUAUCUCACUCAACCUGGAAGGAGGGUCUGACAGCAAAUCAGCUGAGUGUAGUCCCUAA